AACGAGCAAGCAUUGUUUCUUGUUAUAAGAACUUCCUCGAGGUUGGAUGCACAUUGAUCUGAGUUUUUGCAGUAAUUUCUGCCCCAUUGUAAUAUCGUCUGAUCUCGCUCGGAGCAUUCUUGCAAAGAUCAAUUCCCGGUCAAUCGACGCCGUGCCUGUCGAUCUCGUACCAUUUGCAAGGGUGCCCUCAGCUGUCCUCGGCCCGUUCCAAUCGACGUUAAAAGCUUCUCCACCUGCUGCAUUUAUCUGCAACGAUCCUACACAUACCUCCUGCAACCAUGAAUAUCACGUCACACAGGGACACCUCGGGACGUACGGCAGACGAGGAAACCCCGCUUCUGGCCCGUCCCGGCAAAAACUCGGACUCGUCUCGGAUAUGGCUUCGGAUGAAAAGGCACAUGGCAGCGGACGUCAGCAAGAAUUGGGCUGAUCUGAUCUUGCUUUUCUGCUACAUAGUCACAGGACUACUGGAUAGCUCGGCUGUCUUCAUUUGGGGCUCGUUUGUAAGCAUGCAGACGGGAAACACCAUCUACCUUGGUCUAGGACUCGUCGCUCCUACCGAGGGUAUCCGUUGGGUCAAGGCACUGGUAUCGAUAUCGUCCUUCUGUCUGGGAUCGUUUUGUUUUGCUCGCUUCCAUCGAUACUUCACACCAGCGAAACGAUGGGUGCUCGUCACGUCGUAUUCGUUCCAGACUCUCCUGAUCGUCGCGGCAGCCCUAAUAGUCACAAUCGGCAACAACUCUACUAAUGAGCUACAUUGGCAGGUUUUGGUGCCGCUGGCGUCCGUCGCGUUUCAGUCAAGUGGCCAGGCUGUAACUUCGCGAGCGUUAGGAUAUCACGGGCUGACCAGCGUGGUCUUGACGAGCAACUAUUGCGACGGCUUCUCCGACCCGAAUCUUUUUGUCUGGAAGAAUGUGGAGAGAAACCGGAGAAUGGCGGCGCCGCUACUUCUGCUCCUUGGGGCCUGCAUUGGUGGCUUGUUUGCGCACAGCGAUAUUGGACUCGCAGGCGCACUCUGGACAGCAGUGAUCUUGAAGACUGUAACGGUCAUAGCGUGGGUGUUUUGGAAGUCCGAGGCAGGCGAACAGUGAGAGAAGCGUGGG